AUGCCCCUGCCGCGUUGCCGCCUUGGAUGCCGUCUCCUCCUCCUGGCCCUGCUGCUGCCCUCCCCGCCCCCUGUCCGCGCUCCUGCGCCCCCGGGCCCCGCCGCUGCCCUGCUCCAGGCCCUCGGGCUGCGCGAAGCGCCAAGGGGCGCCCCAGCGCCCCGGCCCGUGCCCCCCGUCAUGUGGCGACUGUUCCGCCGCCAGGACCCCCAGGAGACCAGGGUAGGCCCGCGGCGGACGUCCCCGGGGGCCACCCCGCGACCAUGCCACGUGGAGGAGCUGGGGGUCGCCGGAAACAUUGUGCGCCACCUCCGGGACCGCGGUGCGCCUGCACAGCCCCCGGAGCUCACCUCGGCCGCCGGUUCGUGUCCCGAGUGGACUGUCGUCUUCGACCUGUCGGCGGUGGAACCCGACGAGCGCCCAAGCCGCGCGCGCCUGGAGCUGCGCUUCGCGGAGGCGGUGGCGGGGGCCGCGGGUCCGCCGGGCGGCUGGGAGCUGAGCGUGGCGCUCGCGGCGGAGCCGGGGUCUAUGUCUGAGCGCACGGAGCCGCUACGCCUCGCCGUGUCCUCGCUGCGCGCGCCAGUGCACGCCGAGUUGCUGGACGCCGCCUGGGCUCGCAACGCCUCGGCGCCGCGCACCCUGCGCCUGGCGCUGGUGCUGCGCCCCCGGGGCCCGGCCGCCUGCGCGCUCCUGGCCGAGGCCGCGCUGCUGCUGGUGACCGUGGAUCCGCGCCUUUGCCACCCCCUGGCUCGGCCGCGGCGUGAGGUAACCCCCGCGGUGGGCGGCGGUCCGUGCCGCGCGCGGCGGCUUUACGUGAGCUUCCGCGAGGUGGGCUGGCACCACUGGAUCAUCGCACCGCGCGGCUUCAUGGCUAACUACUGCCAGGGCCCAUGCGCGCUGCCGGCUGCCCUGGGUGCCGCGGGCUCCCCAGCGUUCAACCACGCAGCUCUGCGAGCGCUUAUGUACUCGGCAGCUCCUGGCGCCCACGGCGGCCUGCCUUGCUGCGUGCCCGCGCGCCUCUCGCCUAUCUCCGUGCUCUUCUUCGACAACAGCGACAACGUGGUGCUGCGACACUACGAGGACAUGGUGGUGGACGAAUGCGGCUGCCGCUGACCGGCGGGGUAGGGGCGGACAAUAAAACAUUCGGUGGUCCCAACAGCUGGCUUUGAGUCUUGUGCCUCCCGGUGAGGUUCGCCGCCUUAUGUCCACAAUGCUGAAGGUGCAGGGCCCUGGUUGGGCUGCCUGCCCAGCCCCUGCCGGUCCCUUGGGUUCCACUCCCCAGAUCGGUAAGUUUUUGUGACCACUCCCCAGGAGCUACCCACGCAGGGCCUAGCACUGCUCCUGUUAAAGGCCCAGAGGCCAGUCCAGUCGCUCCACGUGGUCAGGUCUUCUCCCUCACCCAAAAGACCUGAGCACUCUGGAGCCGCCCCCCACCCCAACAACUCCGUCCCCGGUACCAACGCCACGAGCUGUUUAUUAAUAUUUUAUUGGUGA